UCCGGUUUGCUUCCCGUAGCUUGGCUGAGCGCGGAUCCAGGAAGAGGUCGUGUUUUGGGUGCAGUCAUGGAUGCGGAUCCGGACCCUCACUACUUGAUCGGCGAUUGUCUUAUUUAUAUUUUUACUUUCCUGUCAGAGGAAGAUUUGAUCAGUGCGUCAAGUGUGUGUAAGGACUGGCACGCUGCCGGAGAGACUCCCUGGUUGUGGAGGAGGCUGUGUCUGCAGCGCUGGAGCUUCUGCAACCUCACUGUGUUAGGAAGCGAGCGCGUGAAGCACUCAUGGAAGAGAUACUUCCUGCGCAGGUCCCACCUGGAGCUGAGCAUGCGCAAAGGCCAGUCGGGAGGCUACAGCUGCAAAAGCCUCCGGGGACACACAGGGCGCGUGGUGGGGCUGUUGUACCUGCAGAGGAACCCAGCGCAGCAUCCGGACCUGUGGGACAGCAGGGCCACGGUCUGCAGCGCGUCCAGUGACGGCACCGUGCGAGCGUGGAACGUCCACGAGAGCGAGCUCCUGUGGUGCAGCCCUGCUCAGAACCCUUUGACAGCGAUCGUCAGCGAUGAGGAGCGUGCGGUGGUGAUCACAGCGGACUCCACGGGCCUGGUCCAAACCUGGCAGGGGCAGACGGGCCAGAACCUGGCCUCCUUCUCUACGGGCUCCUCGCGCUGCACGUUGCUCCAGUACAACGUGGACAGUGACUGGUUUCUGACUGUCGGGACCGGUCAGGGGUCUCUGUGGACGCUAGCCGGGUCGUCGCUGAACAAAGCGUCCAGCCUGGUGCUGUGGGACACGUUUGAAGUCAACAUCCUUCUAGUUUCUCCUGACAAGAAAUGGGUCAUGGCUGGAACCAAGGAUAAUAAUGAUUCCAGUCCAAAGGUGAUUUCUACUGCGAGCUUGACCUCUCCGCCCGAGGACGCCGAUGCGCUGUGUGAGUGGCUGCCUGUCACUGGGAGCCAGGCUGCUGUCUUCGUGCCCCACCAGCCUGCCAGACUGGCCGUCCUCCACUGCAGCGAGCACUCCCAGCACAAAGCCGUCACUGUGCUUGAUGUCAGUGUUCGAAAAACCAAGUACAAGUCAGAGAUCCAGGUCCAGCAGGUGGCGUCGUUCCCCCUGACUCUCGGGCCUUGGUCCCCACGCAUCCUGCUCCAGGCCAACGCUGGGAACCUGGUGCUGGCGGCUGAGCAGGAGCUGUGUGUGUACUCUCUGCAGGGAGCGCUGCUCGCCAGCUUCAGGGAGCACACCAUGCCCAUCGCCUCCAUAUGUGUGGAUUCGUUUCGUGUGGUGACGGCGUCUCAGGAUCUGUCCUUACGAGUGCUGACGUGGAGAAACGACCGAGACCGUGGCCUGAGUCUGGAGAGCAGAUACCAUUUACUGGGGGGCUCCCACAGCAUGUCCAGAGGCUUCACUCAUGUUGCCUGUGACUACUCCAGCAUCGUGGCCUCGGUGGAGGGAAAGGACGGCAAAGACGUGUUGAAGGCGUAUUCCUUCACCUGCUGAGCAUCGCACAUGUCGGAGGCUUUUCUGGGAUGAACUGCAUUGUGUUCUUUGGUUCUUUGGUUUUGUAUGUUUACAAAGGAGGCAACAGGUUUACAGCUGCUAUGAUGUGGGAAAGGCAUUGAAGUGUUGUGUGACGCUAAGAUAACGCUACAGCUAACGCUUCUGAAUGUGAGGGCUGUCAGUGUGACCUCUGCUCUGUACAGAGGAAAAGUAAAACUGAUUCGACUGCACAUGCGUUCUGUUUACUCUGAGAACAGAAUCAUUGUUUACAAGGCACAACCCCCCCCCCACACACACACACACGGCGAUGGAGCGAAUGGGACGGCAGAGGAGGAGCAGUCUGUCAUCCUGUGGUCCUGGUUUGUCUCAUGCCUUCGAGGAGGCGCCGUAGGACCUUGGUCAUGGAGGCUUUGCUCUCUUCUUUGUUGGUGUCCAUCUGAUCAGAAACAUCAUCAUCAUCAAAGUUCAAACCCAAUAAGUUGAGAUGGAAUUGACUGUAACAUGUAAAUAAAGCGUGCUGUCUCUCA